UGUGGCGGCAAAGACACCUGGACAUUUCCGGCUGCGGCGCCUCGAACGAGGAUCUGGAGUUCAGUUUCGUUUCUUUCAUUUCACGGAGCUUGUACAUACUAACUUGAGUCUUUUGCCUGGACGCAAUACCGUCGAGCCACAUGUAAUAACAUUUCCACUACCGCACAUCUCCCACGAUACUCAUUUCAUAGACCACGGACCUAGCAUGAGCCCACUACCACUUACUCCCUCAUAACUGCAGCACUGUUCCGAUUGCGAACACCGAGUUCCACCACUUUUACUCUUUUAAUGCCACUGUGCUGAAAUUUAGACCGCCAUGGUUUCCACAAGCAUUCAAGACCGAACGAACGAGUUCCGCACAAUCCUCGCGCAGGCACAGAAGCGGCAAACCGCAACCAAGGGCGGGCCACAACGACAGUCCCUCCUCAGCGAUUCGCAAAGAAAAGAAGCAAAUGGAGCCGCAAAUGGCACCUCAAGAGGCUCGAGGUCGGAAUUCGCUCGCAAUGCAGCCCAGAUAGGGAGGGGGAUUACUGCCACCAUGGGCAAAUUGGAGAGGCUUGCGCAGCUCGCCAAAAGAAAGGCUAUCUUCGACGAUCGACCUGUCGAGAUCGCGGAGCUGACAUACGUUAUCAAACAAGACUUAGCUGGGCUUAACGCACAAAUAUCCGCCCUGCAACAGCUCACGCACUCGCAACACCCAACCGCUUCCCAACCCCGAUCGGCGGACCAAGAAGGGCAGCACAACAAAAACGUGGUGUUAAUGUUGCAAAACAAGGUCACGGAUGUCGCCGUCAAUUUUAAAGAUGUGUUAGAAGUGCGCACCAAGAAUAUCCAGGCGUCCAGAUCGAGGACCGAGAACUUUGUGUCGUCGGUGUCGGCAAGAUCACAACCCCAUCUGGAUGACUCAAGGUCACAAUCGCCGCUCUACCAGGGUUCAAGUAGUCGGCAAAAAACUCCCCAGGCCUCUUCGACCGAUCUUUUGACCCUUGAGCCUUCAAAUACUUCGACUCUCAUGAAGCAUACCCCUCAGUCCGACCAUCAACUGCUGCUAAUGGAGGAAGCACAACCAACCAACACGUAUAUACAGGAACGUGGACAAGCCAUCGAAGCCAUCGAAAGGACGAUAAACGAGCUGGGCUCCAUUUUCGGCCAACUUGCAACGAUGGUGUCUGAACAGGGAGAGAUGUUGCAACGGAUAGAUGCAAACACCGAGGAUGUGGUGGACAACGUCCAGGGCGCACAGAGAGAGCUGCUGAAAUAUUGGAACCGGGUACAAGGGAAUAGAUGGCUGGUUGCUAAAAUGUUUGGUGUUCUCAUGAUAUUCUUCUUACUUUGGGUGUUGAUAUCGGGCUGAAUGGGUAGCAGUAAUGCUAUCCACGGGCCAAUGUACAAUCAUUUUGUUGAGUUUCAAGAUUAGAUAAUGACAGCCGUCCCACUGGAACAGCGAGUGGUUGCGAGCGAUUGUUUCUGGUUUGAUGCUUUAAGCGUCCAUACCCUGAGCGUCAGCUUCAGCGGAAGAUGCCAGUGGCUGUUGUAACAUCCAAGACGACUAAAUGCAACGAUCCUCAAAAUACCUCUCUGGAGAUGCAGCCCAUCGUAGCUCAAGCAAUGGCCCGGCAUGAGUGUCACUCGAGACAAAAAAGGCAUUAGAAAGGAGCAAUU